AUGAGGCAACUACCUCACGUUCAAAUCCGUAUACGGAUCUCAACGCUACAAAUNAGUCGCUUCUAUACGAUUAACAUCAAACGCCUCAAGGCAGAAUACGUCGACGAUGGAAUUCUGCACGCCAGUUCGAGACUCGAUGUUAUUCCUGCACGGCCGAUGAUUGAGGCACCUACCUCAGAGUCGAGCUCGCAGACAGCAGUACCUUCUACGAUUCCGAAUGAGGCAACUACCUCACGUUCAAAUCCGUAUACGGAUCUCAACGCUACAAAUGCACCACGCGAAAAAGAACAGCUAGCACAGCAAUGA